GAAGCGUUUUAUGAUGAUACUACGAAUCAUUCAGCUUUCCUAGGGAAUGCUAACGCUAAUCAAAUUGCUUGUACUAAAUCUGAUUUGGAAACAGCGGUAUUAUCUAAAUUUGAAACCGCAAUCUCCGAAGAAUCCAAUAUGGAAGCAACACAGUCAUCUAAACCUGAUUCCAAUGUACCAAAAAUGGAAGAUUCGCUGCAAAUAAUAACUGCGCUUCCGAAUUCUGAUAUGGAUAUGGAGCAGAAUCAUACGGAUAUUGAACUCGUAGAUGUUCCAAAAUCACGUCAUACAUCACAUUUGUUCACAUCAAAGAACUCUUCAAAACAAAACGAUGAUGCUAACAUUUAUCAAGUUGAUAAUUCGUUAUCAACGAGUUUAAUAUCUGUUAAUACGGCAUCAAUUUUGGAACGUACUCGCCCUGUUGAGAAAAAUACUGAUAUCACUGAGCGAUCCACAUACGUGUUUCAUCGCGGUGAAAUGCGUAAAAUUGAUAGCAAUAAUAUGAUCAAUGAAGGUAUCACAAAGCGAUCAACAUAUUUAAAUCGUGAUCUGAAAUCCGAGAGAAAUAUCAGUGACGAUGAUUUACGUAUAAUGUCAAUGGAUUUGAGAUCAUCAUCCUCAUGUCAAUCUAAGGUGAUACGUGUAACGAACGAUGACGUCGUAAAGAUAAAGGAUGUAGAAGAGAAACACGGUAAAGUGACUGGUACAAGAUUUCCAGGACGAAAAACAUUGGAAGAGUUGGAAGAAAGGGAAUUAACCAGAGAACCAACAGAAACAGCUGAUGAAUUAUCAUCGAAUUUCUUUAACUUAGAAACGGAAAACAUUAGAGCUACAAUAAAUCAUUCAACGGAUACUAAACAGAGAAUUGAAAAGGAAGAUGGCGAUCAUGAAUUAUACGAUCUGUCAUCAAAUGAUCGAACUGAUUCCAAUGAAAAGCAAUGCAAGAAAAUUCCAUCCUGGGCUAAAGCUUUAAGCUUAAUUGAUCUAUGGUAUGGUAUUCUGAUUCUUCUUCUCAUCAUCAUGCAAAUUGUAGAGGAAAAUGUACGACAUUUUCUUGAAAAACAACAAAUAUGGUCGCUAAGUAAUAUCGAUGCUUUAUUUGGUAAAAUUCAUCCACCUGAUAUGCAAAAAAUGUUUGGUGAUGCGAUCAAAUUACGAUCAGCAACACGUACUUCAUCAUCUAUGUGGGAAUCACCCAUUUGGAAUCCACGUGUGGGUUACAGCGCUUAUCAUCGUACAAUUCAACAAACCGAAGAACAACAAUGCAAUAUUCGUCGAUCUCAACGUGUGAAGAAACCUGUUUCAUAUCUUUCGUAUUUCUGA